CGGAAGUAGCUCUCGGAGGUCCGCCCACCGGGCGGUGGGCUGUUGACUGUGGUCCGGCCGCUCCUCCGCUUCCUAGGACAGACCAUCGCCGGCAGCAUGUCGGGCUACCCCAAAAGCUAUAAUCCUUUUGACGAUGAUGCGGAGGAUGAGGACGCCCGGCCGGCGCCUUGGAGGGACGCCCGAGACCUCCCCGACGCCCCCAUGGACAGGCAGCAGUACCUGCGACAGGAGGUGCUUCUUAGGGCAGAGGCCACAGCCGCCAGUACCAGCCGGUCCCUAUCGCUCAUGUAUGAAUCGGAGAAGGUUGGGGUCGCCUCUUCUGAGGAGCUGGUCCGGCAGCGAGGAGUCCUGGAACAUACAGAGAAGAUGGUGGACAAGAUGGAUCAGGAUUUGAAGACAAGCCAGAAACAUAUUAACAGCAUUAAGAGUAUAUUUGGAGGGUUUGUCAACUACUUCAAAUCCAAACCAGUAGAGACCCCACCUGAACAAAACGGCAGCAUUGCCCCCCAGCCCAACAGCAGAUUGAAAGAAGCCAUAAAUACAAGUAAAGAUCAGGAAGCAAAGUACCAGGCCAGCCACCCAAACCUCAGAAGGCUGGAUGAUGUAGACCCCAUCCCCAGAGGGCCUGAUUCUGCUGUGAGUACUGAGGCUUACCCAAAGAAUCCAAACCUUCGAGCCUAUCACCAGAAGAUCAACAGCAACCUAGAUGAGCUGUCCAUGGGAUUGGGCCGUCUGAAGGACAUAGCCUUAGGGAUGCAAACAGAAAUUGAGGAGCAGGAUGACAUUCUUGACCGGCUAACAACCAAAGUGGACAAGUUAGAUAUCAAUAUAAAAAGCACAGAAAAAAAAGUUCGGCAAGUCUAAAGAUUAAGAAGGAAUUAUACUCUAUUGUGAUGAAAGAUUCAAAAGUUUCUUUUGCACUCCCAAGAAAUUUCAUUUAAUAUGUAGUAUGUAAUUUAACAAGUGUUUGCAAAUGUGUACCAUAAGAAAUUUUUGCUCCAAAGAAAAAAA